ACGCUGUCCCUCCAAACCGAGACUGGGUUGUGGGGGAGGGAGGCGGGUAGUGGGCUUUAGCGCCUUUCUGGCGGCGGUAGAUUUGAAGCGUUUUAAAGGACCCGGGGAAGAGGAGACGGUAGAGGUGCAGGUAAGUGGUGUGAAGGCCGUGUUGUUUCGGUGGCGUCCUUCGCUACAGUCGCCUGUGCGAGAGCGGGAAGAGCCCGAGAAGAGGGGCGGAGCCGGCGCGAUAGGCCCUGCGAAGUUAACCGUCUUCCUCUCAAGAGCUAAAAGGUUUGGAUCACUUUGCCUUUGAUUUUUCUCUGUUUAAAGGUUGAAAUAUUGGAGCCAUGGGAAUAAAGGUUCAGCGUCCACGAUGUUUUUUUGACAUUGCCAUUAAUAAUCAACCGGCUGGAAGAGUUGUCUUUGAAUUAUUUUCUGAUGUGUGCCCCAAAACAUGCGAGAACUUUCGUUGUCUUUGUACAGGUGAAAAAGGGACAGGCAAAUCAACUCAGAAGCCAUUACACUAUAAGAGUUGUCUCUUUCACAGAGUUGUCAAAGAUUUUAUGGUUCAGGGUGGUGACUUCAGUGAAGGAAAUGGACGAGGAGGGGAAUCUAUUUAUGGAGGAUUUUUUGAAGAUGAGAGUUUUGCUGUCAAGCACAACAAGGAAUUUCUCUUAUCAAUGGCCAACAGAGGAAAGGAUACAAAUGGUUCACAGUUUUUCAUAACAACGAAACCAACUCCUCAUUUAGAUGGGCAUCAUGUUGUUUUUGGGCAAGUAAUUUCUGGUCAAGAAGUUGUAAGGGAGAUAGAAAACCAGAAAACAGAUGCAGCUAGCAAACCAUUUGCUGAGGUGCGGAUACUCAGUUGUGGAGAGCUAAUUCCCAAAUCUAAAGCUAAGAAAGAAGAAAAGAAAAGGCAUAAAUCAUCAUCCUCCUCCUCCUCAUCAUCCAGUGACUCAGAUAGCUCAAGUGAUUCUCAGUCCUCUUCUGAUUCUUCUGAUUCUGAAAGUGCUUCUGAAGAGAAAUCAAAAAAACGAAAAAAGAAACACAGGAAAAAUUCCCGAAAACACAAGAAAGAAAAGAAGAAGCGCAAGAAAAGCAAGAAAAGCGCAUCUAGUGAAAGUGAGGCUGAAAAUCUUGAUGCACAACCCCAGUCUACUGUCCGUCCAGAAGAGAUCCCUCCUAUACCUGAAAAUAGAUUUCUAAUGAGAAAAAGUCCUCCUAAAGCUGAUGAGAAAGAAAGGAAAAACAGAGAAAGAGACAGAGAGAGAGAGUGUAAUCCACCUAAUCCCCAGCCUGCUUCAUACCAGAGGCGACUUUUAGUUACUAGGUCUGGCAGGAAAAUUAAAGGAAGAGGACCAAGGCGUUACCGAACUCCAUCUCGAUCCAGAUCAAGGGAUCGUUUCAGACGUAGUGAGACUCCUCCACAUUGGAGGCAAGAGAUGCAAAGAGCUCAAAGAAUGAGAGUAUCAAGCGGUGAAAGAUGGAUCAAAGGGGAUAAGAGUGAGUUAAAUGAAACAAAAGAAAAUCAGAGAAGUCCAGUUAGAGUGAAAGAGAAGAAAGUAACUGAUCACAGGCAUGUAUCUGAGAGUCCAAAUAGAAAAAGUGAAAAGGAAAAGAAAGUUAAAGACCAUAAAUCUAACAGCAAAGAGAGAGACGUCAGAAGAAAUUCAGAAAAAGAUGAUAAGUAUAAUAAAAACAAGGUGAAGAAAAGGGCCAAAUCUAAAAGUAGGAGUAAAAGCAAAGAGAAAUCAAAGAGUAAGGAAAGAGAUACAAAGCAUAGACAUGAAGAAAAGAGAAUGAGGUCAAGGAGUAAAGAAAAGGAUCAUGAGAAUGCUAAAGAAAAAGAAAAGUCUGAUUCUAAAGGAAAAGACCAGGAAAGGAGUAGAAGUAAAGAGAAAUCUAAACAGUUAGAAUCAAAAAGUAAUGAGCAUGAUCAUAAUAAAAGUAAGGAGAAGGAUAGACAUGCACAGUCUAGGAGUCGAGAACGUGAUGCAACUAAAGGCAAACACAGUUACAAUAGUAGAACAAGGGAACGAAGCAGAAGUAGGGACAGGAGCAGGAGAGUGCGAUCCAGAAGCCAUGAUCGUGAUCGCAGCAGGAGCAAGGAGUACCAUAGGUACAGAGAACAGGAGUACAGGAGAAGAGGAAGGUCACGGAGCCGAGAGAGAAGAGCAACACCCGGAAGAUCGAGAAGUAAAGAUAGAAAGAGAAGGAGGAGAGAUUCACGGAGCUCAGAGCGAGAAGAAAGUCAAAGCAGAAACAAAGAAAAAUAUAGAAACCAAGAAAGUAAGAGUUCGCACAGAAAAGAAAAUUCUGAGGGUGAAAAGAGAAUGUACUCUAAAAAUCGUGAUUAUAAUAGUUCAAAUAACAACAGGGAUAAAAAGGCUGAUAGAGAUCAAAGUCCAUUCUCAAAAAUAAAACAAAGUAGUCAGGACAAUGAAUUAAAGUUCUCCACAUUGAAAAAUAAGGAGGAUGGGAAGACCAGAUCCUCAGUGGAAAAAGAAAACCAAAAAUCAAAGGGUCAAGAAAAUGACCAUGUACAUGAUAAAAAUAAAAAAUUUGAUCAUGAAUCAAGCCCUGGAACAGAUGAAGACAAAAGUGGAUGAGUGAGUUGUAUAAACUUAUUUCCAUUCUGUCUUGAAUUUUAAGUUUUAGAGACUUGUUGAUGGAUCUCCUUUAUGUUUUCUUCUUUUCAUUGUUUUUGGUUUGUUUUAUGUUUGUCCUUUUUUUUUUUUUAAACGUGGACUUUAUUGAGUUGAUCUUUUUGAUAAUCUGCAACCUGGAUAAUUUGUACUGCUAAAGUUUUAAUAAACUUGAAAUGAGAAAAACUUUGGUGUAAUACUGUGUGCUGUGUUUCACUAUUUCAUGUAUACAUUUUUGUGUUGCAACAAUCAGGCCAUAGCAAACAUGCUAUUCUAUACCCUAAUUUUUGUAAUCAUAAGUUGAAAACAAGCAUAACUGAUUGUUGGAAUACAUUGUUAAAAAAGUUUGUGUUUCUCAUGAUUAACUCUAGAAGCCACUAGGCUAGAAGAAAUCUUGUAAAGAUUCUCUGAUUGGAUUUAUAAUAGAGGCUUGCAGCAGCAGCUUUUAAUUACACAGAAGCAGGAUUCUAAUAACUUGAGAUCUUGUCAUCUCUUGAUUUUAUAGUAAUUUGUGCUUUCAAAUAGAUACUUAUUUAUAUUUUACUUCAUAUGCUAUUCUUUAUAGUUCCACAUGUAGCUUGUUUCUUCAUAUUAAUAUUUUUCAUGUCUAGUUUUGUUUUACUUAACUGUCUAUAAAAAUAGUUGAGUAUUUUUUUUUCAGUUGAUGUACUGAGUGACCUUGACUUGCUGUUAUACAGCGUCUAACAAGUUAACCUUGAAAGAUCAGAUUGUGAUUCUCAAUCUAUGUUGCUUUUGGUCUGAAGAGAUUAAACUUUUGCUUUUUGAGAACAUUGUUUUAUUAUCCUUCUCCAAAGUGGGGGAAAAAAACGCUUUUCUUAUUAAAGCAUACCACUUGUGUGACCCUUUAAGUUAGAUUUUAAAAGUUGUUAGUAUUGACACAUUAACUUCCAAGAUUUAUUUUUGGCCACUGACCUAUAUAGACUUAAGUGUUAACUCUGCAUGUGUGUGGGGUUUUUUUUGUUUUUUUUUCUUUCUUUUUUUUUUUUUAACUGACUUCUCUAAUUCUCAUAGAUGUGAGUUUCAAAUGGCAAGAAAAAUGCAUCUUUUCUGUAUAUGUAUCACAGUAGGCUACAGCAUGUUUAUGACUCUGGUUUCUUUCUAUUCAGGUGGUUCAUACCAUUACUGUUAAAAUUAUUUUAACUGGGCAUGUAUAACAUUGCCACAUAGAGUAGAAAGUUGCGAACUUUUAUAGCUUAUAGAGUUAAACAUUAAUGAUACCUAAAGUCCAUUUAGAAUUUUAUGUGUUGUAUAUUGCUAUUUUUGUGAUGUGUGGCCUUUUAUUCUGUAAUUUCUCUUCUAAAUAAAAUAUUGAACAUCCAGCAAACACAAAACCUGCCUCAUUUGAAAAGAAAUUUCAGAAUUCCAAUUAAUAGUAGCUUCUACAGUGUUCUGUAAUUUAAUAUUUGUCAGUAUAGUGUCAACUCUUAUUACCAGGGCAGCUUCUUGGUAAAACAGUAGCUACUCAAUGCUGUUUGUACUGAAUGAAGCAAUGCUUAACAUAUUUCCCAUUGUUGGUUAAUACAUUGAUGGCAUCAUGGUAGCUGUUCACAUAAUGAAUAGGGUAGUGAUUAUACAAUUGUUUGGAAUAUCUUGAAACAGAUAUUCACAGUGGAGUCUUUCCAGAUUGUUUUUCCUGAUUAUAAAGUCCAUGUUUAUGAUAAUUUAGGGUGAUUGAUUCCUUUGAAACUUUGACCACACACCCACUUUAGGGAUAAUUGAGUCUUGAGUGCACAAGCUGUAUAAUCUGUUACAUAUUUUAAAUUAGUGUUUGUUUUAAAUUCAGUAAAUUGCAUUUUUAAAAUCUUUGUUAUAAAUUAUUGGAGCUUUGAGAAAGGUGCUAUUUAAGAAAGGAUUUCUAGUAAACAGUUAUAUUUAAAAAAAAAACAUGAUAAGUAAAUAUACUUCUAUAUUGUCUGAUGAUCCAGAGCUUUAUCUACUAAGAAUUAGGCAGGUAACAAUAGGGGGGGAAAUUUUAGUAAAUUCUAUAAGUGGUAGUCUUUUAUUUUGAUUAUCUGAAGAGCAACCCUGCACUAAGCAUUAUUUACAGUUUUUUUUUUGUUUUGUUUUUUAAUACUGACUAGAGGGUGUAUUGAUUUGGGAGAGAGGGGAAAAAAAAUGUGAGAGAAACAUUGAUCACUUGCCUUCCGCAUGUGUCCCUACUGGGGAUCGAACCUACACCUCGUAAUGUGCCCUGGCUGGGGAUCAAAUCUGCAACCUUUUGGUGUAUGGAACAGUGCUGCAACCAACUGAGCCACCCAGCCAGGGCUAUACGUCUGUUUUUUUCAGAAAAAGUUUGUUAGCUGUUUUUAACCAUGGAGCAGAUAAUGGCAAAGGAAAUGAGAGGUGACAAUCAGCUAGAUUUUACAUUUAGAAUAUAAAGAAUACUUAGAAAAUGAUUAAGCAGCAUUUACUAUACCUCAAGUCUUCCUUUGCAUCUGAAUAGCAAACAGCUCAAACGGUCCUUCUCUCCCACUGCAUUUUUAAUAGUUAACUACCUUUAGUUAUUACAUUUUGUUUUCCCAAAAGUCAGCCUUUUAAUACCUUGUAAUUGUUAUGCCUGUGCUUACAGUUUAGCUCAAACUAUUCUUGGACUUAAUGCCGUCUUAAAGAUAUUUAAAUUGGUUUGUCUUUAUUGCUUGAUUGGCAAUAUCCAGGAAAAAUUUUUCCUGAUUGUUAUUUUGAGUGAACGCUUUCUCUGGACAAAGCAUCUACCACAGAAAUUGACAAUAUAGAGUGAUGCUAAGUGAGCAGUAGUGAAGCUGCUCAGUUGCUUUAAAACAUUUUAAAAUUACACAGGUAGAGAGUUCAUACAUAGACCAUUGUAGUUUUUAAAUUCCUAAAGUCAAACCCUUUGCAGAAGUUUCAAAGAAUUUGAUAAAUAUUUCUCUGUGCAAGUGUGAUGCUGAUGCAUAAUGGCUUUGCUGAAUUGCCUUUUUUUAAAAUAGAUUUGAGAGAGACAUCGAUUUGUUGUCUCACUUAUUUAUGCAUUCAUUGGUUACUUUUUAUAAUGUGCCCUGACCAGGGACGGAACCCACAACCUUGGUGUAUCAGGGUGAUGCUCUAACCAACUGAGCUACCCAGCCAGGGUGCCUUUGAUUCUUGCAACCAGUGGUAGAUAGGAAACUGCAAUGUAAAAAUUUCUUAAUAUUUUAGACAAGAAUACAUUGGGUUUCUUGUAUUUUGAAUAGUGGUAUUAACUGACAAUUCUAAUUUGUUUUCAAGUUAUAUGAAAUGAGUAAUAAGUCAUUUAUUGUGCUUCACCUUGGGUGGCAAUUUUUUUCAUCAUACUUUGAGCCUUUAGUAAGUUUCUGUAGAAAUUUAUUCCAAGUCUUUACCUUCACCAGAAAUACUUUAAAUACGCACCAUAUAGUUAGUUGAUAGUUACAAAGAAACAAAAAUGGAGUUUUUUUCUGUCUCCUUUUGGUUGUGUUGACUAAAAUUAUUGUUUAAUAUUUAUGCAUUUAGAAUUGAAUAAAAUCUCCAAGAAUUGUAGGUUAUAACCUGUUUAUGGUGAAAAGAUGUGUUGUAUUACAAAUACUUGUUUUAAAAUGUAACAAAAAUAAACUCUAGAAAGUACAGUAAUGGCUGACUCAUGCCCUUAGUGGUCUUUCUGGCUGCCUUUAAAGGAUUCAGGUAAAGGCAAACUCUGGGCUGUGAUGUCACACAAGAAGUAAAUAUUAAAGGAAAAAUCACAUAAAUUUAAAAAAUUCCAUCAGCAAGGUAGGAGAAUGGAGUUGUCAAGGCAUGAGAGCGAGUGGUGGGUUUGAAUUGUGUUGUCCCCCCCCCCCCACUUUUUUUUUUCUUAAAGCAAAAUUCCUGUUGACCCAAAGCACAUGCUGUAUUUUUUUUUCUCCUUUCUGUGUUUAUAGUGUUUUGAAGGACUGAUAAAUGAAUUGGGUAUUUGUAUUUGGGGAUGUUAAGAAUUGUGGCUGUUCUCUGUGGAGGGGAAAAACAGAUGAAGUUAAUGCACUUCUUUUCCAAGCUCAAAGUCACUGUGAUGUAUAUUUUUUUAAUGAAAUUUAGGAAUAAAGCUCUUGUCACAAUUGUAAAAUGUUUCAAAAUGCUGCUUCUCCUAUCAUUAGUCUAGUAACUUGAACUGUUUUCUGCAAACUGCAUUGUACAGAAUUUAAACUCAAACUAUCAACUUUUAUAGUUAAACAUUGUAUUAAAUAAACUAUGUUAUGGUAACAGUUUGUUUCUGUAUUUUAAAAAUUAUUGUAUUAGUUACCUAACCUUUAUUUUUAUUAAAAGCUAAAUAAUGAAGAUAAAUCAACUAAAA